AGCUCCCGCCCCGCCGGCCCUCAGCGCUGGGCCGGGCUUGGCUGGGCUGGGCUGGGCCGGGCUUGGCGGGGCUGGGCCGGGCUGGGCCGGGCUCCGGGCGCAGGGAAGAAAGGGAGACGCGCAGAGCUGGGCGCCUCUCCCGUUCCUGCCAUUGCGGAGAGCAGCGAUCGCCUCCCGUACCCUCCCCGCUCCCCUUCCCUGGGAUCGCAGUGAUUUGGCCUCGGGGGAUUUAUUUUUGAUUUUUUUUUUUUUUUUUUAGUGGGUUUUAAUUUUCUUUUUUAUCUACACACUGGUGAAGGGGAGGUUGCGGAGCAGUUGCUGCGCGGGAGACAAUAGCGGUGCAGCAGCCGCCGCGCUUCUCUUUAACAAAAAAAACCCCAACAUUAUCGAAUAAAUACAUCGGGGGUUGAUUUCCCAAGAUGUCUUAUCAGGGGAAGAAAAACAUUCCGCGGAUCACGAGCGACCGUCUUUUGAUCAAAGGUGGUAAAAUAGUUAAUGACGACCAGUCCUUCUAUGCAGACAUUUACAUGGAGGAUGGGUUGAUAAAGCAAAUAGGGGAGAACCUGAUCGUGCCAGGGGGAGUGAAAACCAUCGAGGCCCACGGCAGGAUGGUGAUUCCCGGCGGCAUCGACGUCCACACCCGCUUCCAGAUGCCAGAGCAGGGAAUGACAUCUGCUGAUGAUUUCUUCCAAGGGACCAAGGCUGCUCUGGCUGGGGGCACCACCAUGAUCAUUGACCACGUGGUUCCUGAGCCUGGCACCAGUUUGCUGACGGCGUUCGACCAGUGGCGAGAGUGGGCAGACAGCAAGUCCUGCUGUGACUACUCCCUGCACGUGGACAUCACUGAGUGGCACAAGGGGGUGCAGGAGGAGAUGGAAGCUCUGGUGAAAGAUCACGGUGUGAAUUCCUUCUUGGUGUACAUGGCUUUCAAAGAUCGUUUCCAGCUCAGUGAUUCUCAGAUUUACGAGGUGCUGAGUGUGAUCCGGGACAUCGGUGCCACCGCCCAAGUGCACGCUGAGAACGGUGACAUCAUUGCCGAGGAGCAGCAGAGGAUCCUGGAGCUGGGGAUCACAGGCCCUGAAGGGCAUGUGUUGAGCAGACCUGAAGAGGUGGAGGCAGAGGCUGUGAACCGUGCAAUCACCAUUGCCAACCAGACCAACUGCCCCCUCUACAUCACCAAGGUGAUGAGCAAAAGUGCUGCUGAUGUCAUUGCUCAAGCCAGGAAAAAGGGCACUGUGGUGUAUGGAGAGCCCAUUACAGCCAGCCUGGGCACUGAUGGAUCCCAUUACUGGAGCAAGAACUGGGCAAAGGCAGCAGCUUUUGUUACAUCCCCACCUCUGAGUCCUGACCCAACCACUCCUGAUUUUCUCAACUCACUACUGUCCUGUGGAGACCUCCAAGUGACUGGCAGUGCCCACUGCACCUUCAACACUGCUCAGAAAGCUGUGGGGAAGGACAACUUCACCCUGAUCCCUGAAGGAACCAAUGGCACUGAGGAGAGGAUGUCCAUCAUCUGGGACAAGGCUGUGGUGACUGGCAAGAUGGAUGAGAACCAGUUUGUGGCUGUGACCAGCACAAAUGCAGCCAAAAUCUUCAACCUGUACCCGCGGAAGGGCCGCAUCGCCGUGGGCUCCGACGCUGACCUGGUGAUCUGGGAUCCUGACAGCGUCAAGACAAUCUCUGCCAAGACUCACAACAUUUCUCUGGAGUACAAUAUCUUCGAGGGCAUGGAGUGCCGUGGCUCUCCCCUGGUGGUGAUCAGCCAGGGGAAGAUCGUGCUGGAGGAUGGGAACCUGCACGUCACAGAGGGCUCAGGGAGGUACAUCCCCAGGAAACCCUUCCCUGACUUCGUCUACAAGCGCAUCAAGGCCAGGAGCAGGCUGGCUGAGCUGCGGGGGGUGCCCCGCGGUCUCUACGACGGCCCCGUGUGCGAGGUGUCGGUGACACCCAAAACUGUCACACCAGCAUCCUCAGCCAAGACCUCUCCUGCCAAACAGCAGGCACCCCCCGUCAGGAACCUGCACCAGUCUGGCUUCAGCUUGUCUGGGGCACAGAUCGAUGACAACAUCCCGCGCCGCACGACCCAGCGCAUCGUGGCCCCGCCGGGCGGCCGUGCCAACAUCACCAGCCUGGGCUAAGGACAGCCCUGCUGUGCCCACCGGGUACACCUGGGGGGACUGGGGCACCUGGAGACCCUUUUCUGAUUCUUUUAGAGCCUGUGACAGUUACUGCGGGCACCCAUUGUCGGGGGGGGGGCUGAAGUCAAAGCGCCUCUUUCAGUCCCCUCAGGUUCCCUCCUCAUCUUCACAACCCCUCACACUCCCCCCCCCUCAGCCCUUUACACAUUUAAAGAAAUAAACCCUGUUUUGACACCUCUGACAUGGAAGAGUAAAUGUAAAGAGGGUGGUUGAGAUAUGCUGUCUCUGUCCUAUUCAGCAUCUUUCUUUUAAUAAAGGAAGGAUAAAGUGAAUUUCCCGGGAGCUGCCUUUAAGACACACACACACACACACUCACACAAAAAGAAAGAAAUAAAAAUAAAAGUAUAAAAAAAGCUUUUUUUUUUUUUUUAGUGUCAAGCAGAAGAGUAGUUCAAGGGUUUUAAACUGGAUAUUCUGUAGGGUUCUGUGUUCCAGCAGAAUUAGCUGGGCAGGCACAGAGGGACAGGAAUCCCAGGCUGUGCAUGGCCAUUCUCCAGCACCAGCUCUUAGGUCUGAUCACCAGAUGCUGCCAGGAGAGAGAAUCAGGACCCAGCAGUAGGAAUGACAGAGAACAGCCAGACUCCCUGGGGACUUCCAUUCUCUUGAGUUGGUUUUUCCUUGGUUUCUUUUUCCAUCUGUAUUUUGCUGCAAAUUAGGUCCUUGAGGAAACUUGGGGUUUUUUUUUUUUUUUUUUUUUUUUUUUUUUUUUAAUGUUUGUGUGUGUGUUUUUAAUAUGUUUGUAUCAUUGUGUUUACAAAGCCUUAUCUGAGAACUGGGAAUCUCCCUGUUCUUUCCUCAUCCAAGUCACAGCCUCCCACCAGUGUCACUGCCACUGCCACCCUGCAUUUCCCUGCAUUUCCCAGCAUUUCUUUAUUUCCCAGCAUUUCCCUGCAUUUCCCAGCCAUUUCUUCUCAUGUAGCUGCAGUAAGGGCAUGGAGCAGGUCCAUAGGAUCCUCAGUCCAUCAGGUGCAAGCAGAGGAGCUGGACACCAUCUGAGCUGCUGGGAUGGAGUAUCUGGAAGAGUUUGUACAGUUAGUUUUCCUUCUGUCCCUGAAGGUGGGUAUGGAUGGGGAGGGAGCUGUGGGCAAAGGGCAGCACAUUGCUUGAACCCCCUCUCUGGCCAUCAAGGAGAGGUUAUUUAAAGCUUUGAGGGCUUCAGCUCUCAAAGGGCAGCCAGGGAGUGUGUGCUGAGCACCUGUGGCAAUUCCAGUCCAGCCCCAGCUGCUGUAACUGGGAGCUGGGCUGGGUCCCCAGCAGCUGAGAAUCUCUUGUGCAGAAUGUCCCAGCUGCCCAGCCCUGCAGGAAUGCUGCACACAGCCAUGGGAAGAGCUCCCAGGCUCUCUGCCACUGAGACACCCUCAGUGCCCCUCAGAGGGGCUGGGGAGCCACCUUGGGGCAGCCAGGGGGGUCUGGGAUUGAAGGUCUGCUGGCUCUGGGACUGGAGGCUUCUUGUUUUUGGGGUAAAGCUGCCCCUCAGAGCCCACCCAGCUGUGGCUGGGCUCAGCAGUCCCAAGGAUUUGGCACAGAGAGUUUUUAUUAAUGUGGCAUUGCCUCCACUGCCUGCCCUGGCAGCUGCUGCAUCUCCUGCUCCCUCUUCUCUUUGUGCUUUGCCACCUCCAUCAACCUUGUUUUUCCAUAGCUGUGUUUUCUUAAAAGGUGUUUACAGGUUCUUUUAGGAAAAAAACAGAUACAUAUAUAUAUAUAUAUAUAUAUAUAUAUAUAUAUGAAGGCUUUCAAGAAACAAGUACCAAAUUUGUUGUUAUGAAGUAUCAACACUGGUAUUUGCAAAGUGUCUGGAAUCUGCUUAGCAACCCAAACCCUGCCAGCUGCAGCACCCAAAUCCUCCAGGCCCCUUUGAACACAAAAAUUAACAGAAACUUUGCCAUAUUCCUCCACACAUUUUGCAUUUAGGUUCAACUCCUGGGAUUUUUAGUUUUGCAUAAAGAGUUUGCACUUUGUUUGUUAAGUAAUCCGUGAACUUAAUAUAUAUAUUGCAGCUAUUUUCAUUUUUUAAUUUUUUUUUCUUUGUCACCUGUAUGUUAAAAUCAAUUUGAACGAGUUGGGGAGAAAAAAAAAAAAAGAAUUGUGGAUCUGUUUCAAUUCUACGAAACACUUGCAGCUCUUCAGUAUUCACUUAAGUCUUCCUUUUUUUUUCCUUCACUGACUCAUGAUAACUUGUUGAGUUUUAAUUUGUUCUUUAAAAGGAAAGAAAAAAAAAAUCACAAAAAAAAAAGGAUUUUUGCAGGCUAUGUAAGCAUGUUUUUUCUGUGAGAGCUCGUCCGCUUUGUGUCUGUUUAAUGAAUGUCAUAUGUAAAUGCUUAAAGAAAAAAAAGACUUGAUGACUUAAUUAAUUAAUUAACCGCAGUGACUUGAAGCUCUAAAAAAUAAUAAAAGAAAAAGUAGGAUUUAAUACUAGCUGGAUUUAACCCUUGGAUUUGUGAUUGUGACCCAUGAGUGGAGGAGCUGUAAGUGCUAAAGCUGAUCAUGUGUGUAGACAAAGAGGAGUACUGAUAUUUGACCAUUGUCUCAAUGGCAAAAACACCCCCAUGCCCCAAGUCUUGUGUUUUAUUCCUGAAGAACUCUGUGUUAUAUUACCAUGGGAACUCCUAAUAAAGACAAGAUGUUGUUGUUUCA